AUGAAAUUUUCCACAGUACAGAGGGAUAUUAUAAACGUUUCUGACGACGAUCGGGAAGUGGAAAUUCAAUCUUACGAUCUAAUCUACCAGGACGCAAGAGAGCCGGAUCCAAUGUAUCAGCACGCAAGACGGAAGACAUCUCUUACCAUUCUUGGACCUUCACCAAGAUACUUUUGGACAAAUUCAGAGCCGACAACACGGAUGAAAGCAGCUGUUGUGUGUCUAGCUACAGCCUUAGCAAGCAUAGUUUUACCACAACCGGGUGGUCCGUACAUCAAGACACCACGUGGUGGGUCAAUACCAAUUUGCUUGUAUAAUUCAAACUUGAAGCAUGGAAAUACUAGAGUCAGCUUCGGGUGGCAAGACAUCAACGAGAGCAUUGCUGUGCUUAUGAAGAGCAACACUAGCUGA